AUGGCUGUUCUAGGACGGCAGAUUCCUGACUGGCACCGACUCAACCUCUCCUGGACCUGUUUGGCCAGGCAGACCCCUCAUCUCAGAGGACCGUAAAAGAAUGAGUCCUUGUUUUGCACACUGACUACAGUACCCAGUGGAGAGAACCUUCAAGAGUCCUCCUGUGUUAGACCCAUGUAUGUGCAGGAACCAGAGUACAGGAAUCUUGUUCAGUGUCUGCAUGAGGAGCAGAAGACUUUUGUGGAUCCUAAGUCCACGGAGCUUGCAAACGUCAUCAGUUCCCUCCAGGACAUGGGUUUUGAUGAAGCCCAUAUUCAUAGCUUGCUCAAUAUACAGCCAAGCGUCCAUCCGCAACAACUGCUGGACAUAAUUUCCAGAAUUUCUGCUCUUGGGAUUGCACCCAGAGCCUUAUUUAUGGCUUUGAAGAAAAGUCCACAGUUACUGAAACUGUCUCCAGUGCAAAUGAAGAAGCGGUCCAGUUACCUGCGGAAGCUUGGCCUUGGAGAAGGGAAACUGAAGAGAGUGCUGCACGGUUGCCCUGAGGUUUUCACCAUGCGCCAGCGGGACAUUGAUGGUGUGGUGAAGGUCCUCAAGGAGAGGUGCAUGUUCACAGCACAGCAGAUCCCUGAGCUUCUGCACAGGUGCCCAGGCGUUCUUCAGGCGGACCCCGGUGAACUAGAGGACAAAUUCCAGCAGUAUGCAUAUUUAGGAUGGGACUUAAGCAUCUGGGACAUCGGUCAGAAUGAUUUCUUACAGUAUUCAAUAACCAAGAUCAAGCAGAGACACAUGUACCUGGAACGCCUUGGACGGUACCAAACCCCUGAUAAGAAGGGACAGACACAGAUCCCUAAUCCUUUACUGAAGGACAUUCUCAGGGUUUCUGAAGCUGAGUUUUUGGCCAGGACAGCACGUUCCUCUGCUGAGGAGUUUGAGGUUUUUAAAAAGCUCUUGGAUAGAGAAGAAGAGGAAUCUGAGAGCUGUGCAUCAGAGGAAGAGGAGGAGGAGGAGGAGGAGGAAGAUGAAGAGCAGCUGUGAUGGAGGAUGGGACAAAAGGGUCCAGAGAUGCUGGAGAUCAUUCCCGUAUUCUCAGAGCUUUGGGGCGAUCACCUUGAUCUUCAAGCAUUUUUCAUACUAACACUGGUUAUUUGAUAGAAAAAAAAAAACUGUUAUGAUCCACUGGAGAUAUAGGUACAUCAAACCAAAUAGGAGAUGCUUUGUUGCAGUCUAGUGGUUUCUGUGGAGGCGCACUGCAUCCUAAAUAAAGGACUCAACUGUUAAAAUCCA